AUGGAAAUGUCUGCUGAUUGUAUCUCAGCAGUAUCUCAACAAUAUCCAGCCGUUUACACUGGAAUGCCUUCUCUAUGUACUCAUUGUUCCUUGGUAUGUUGCAGCUCUCCAAGAGAUAGUGGAUCGUCUCUAGAUUUCCUCGUUCGAUCUCACGGUGCAGAACCACCGGAUAGAUGUUGCCUUUGA